UGCCGGUCUAAGCUACAGCAGGUCAACAUAUUCAGUGCAAGAGGCGGCGCAACAUGGGCUGAGCCUAUUUGCAGUGAAGAUGAGCUGUGGACUCGGUGCUGCCCAGUGGUCGCGAUUUUCACAGGAGCCGCUUUGACUCAGACACACAGACAUGGUGACACGUGGAUUUUUGUAGGUAAGAGGAUCCACCACCGGCCACCGGCUGGGUUAACCGGUCGUCGGAUGGGUGUGUAUCGGCGUCCCGGGCUGAUCCGUUUUCAUACUCUCUCCGGGACCCGGCGAUGCGCUCAUUAAAGGAAACGGGUUUCGCAGAGACAUCCGGAAAACGCAUCCAUGCGCCACGGCCACGCCGCAUCCCAAUAUGUCUCUGACAACACAAAGCCUGGCUUCAAGGAGCUCCGAUAAGAAACCACACAUGCAAAUCGGCAUGGGUGCCUCAACACGGUUAUUUCUCUAUAUUUUGCGGAUGAGGCUUUGGAGCGCAGUUGUGCAAUGAGACAAUCGGGAAUUAUCAAGUAGACUUUAUUGAUAUAUAAUCCGACAAUAUGGCUGAUCAGAGCAACAUCCAGUCCGCCGCCUCCAAGAGUAUCCGGCCUUUUAAAUCCAGUGAAGAAUACCUGUACGCCAUGAAGGAGGACCUGGCUGAAUGGCUGAACACCCUGUACGACCUAGAUAUCACUGCGGACACCUUUAUGGAUGGGCUGGAGACGGGCUGUGCCCUCUGUCGGCACGCCAACAACGUGAACCGCGCCGCCCAGGACUUCCAGCUGGAAUACCCGGAGGCUGCACAGUCCAUGAAGAUGCCAUCCAAAGAUGUUGUCUUCCAGUCGCGCAAUGUGGUCGCCGGCUCGUUCGUGGCGCGAGAUAACGUGUCCAAUUUCAUCAGCUGGUGCAGGCAGGAGCUCUGGAUCAAGGACGUCCUCAUGUUUGAGACCAACGACCUGGUGGAGAAAUGCAACGAGAAGAAUUUCGUUCUGUGUCUCCUUGAGGUGGCGCGUCGUGGCUCCAAAUUUGGCAUGUUGGCCCCCAUGCUGAUCCAGCUGGAAGAGGAGAUCGAAGAGGAGAUACGGGACCAGGGGAGCCUGCAGAUCGAUGCAGGGGAGCCGGCUGAGCAGAGCCCGCCCAGCAGGUGUUUCAGCCGGAAGGAGAGCACUCGCAGUGUGGAGGAUGAACCUGAUCCAGAACCUUUCAUCUGGCAGCCGAAGAGAGUUUUAUGUGACAUGCGAAAUUUGGAUGAGUUGGUGCGUGAGAUUCUGGGCCGGUGUUCCUGUCCAGCUCAGUUUCCCAUGAUCAAGGUGUCAGAGGGGAAGUACAAAGUGGGGGACUCCAGUGCAUUGAUCUUCAUAAGGGUCCUUCGUACUCAUGUGAUGGUGCGUGUUGGAGGGGGCUGGGACACAUUAGAGCACUAUUUGGACAAGCAUGACCCGUGUCGCUGUGCUGCUUUUGCCCACCGCUACCACCAGGCUAAAGCCAGCGGCCAAGGUCAGGGAGGCCAGAGCAAGUCCUCCAGUGCACACUCAUCCCGCUCCACUAGCCCAGGUCCACACUGGCGAAAUGAAGGCAUCGCACCUUACAAACCCCCUGACAGGCGCUCCCUGGAGCCCCCCUCUGCUCCAUGUGCCCCUUCCUCCUCCACGCGGCCGGGCCGCUCUCAGAACCCUUCUGUCCCCACCGAGGUUGACUCUAAUGCAGCACGCACUCUGCUCCCUCGGCCACCACGAGACCGCUCAGAACCCCGCCACUUUAAUCCUCUCAGGAAUAAGGAGACAAUGUUGCCAGUGACAAGACGUCUGUCUGGAGACAGUGACUCCUCUACAGCCUCCUCUAAGGGAGGAGGGGGAGGAGGGGGAGGAGGGGGACGGUACUCUCUUGGUGGUGCUUCACGUCACUCCGGUGAAGAGGUCAUCCUACUUGUCAACCGCAAGGAGGGCAAGCAUAUAAUAGAGAGGCCUGGAGCUGGAAGUCAGACCCCAUCCCUGCGUCCCACGCUGCCCCGUGCACGCAGCCAGUCUCGGGAACGUCCCACGCUUGCUCCAAUACUCAAACCUAACCCACCACAAGGAUCCCCUGAUGGAACACGGACAGCCCGCACAGAGAGGGGCCGCUCCCUUGGAAAUGAAGGCCCAAGAAGGCUUCAUGCUCCACGUUCCCACAGCCAGAGUAAGUUACAGAACCGUACUCGGUCCAGCGAUGCCAGCCCGGGGCCCGCUUCCUGCUACAGAGACCCUCAGCCUCCACCCUCAGACAGACGAGAGGAUCUUCGGGCCAAACAACUGCCCCCAUCCUCCCCCAGAGUAGGUGGUGGGUUCACCAAGAGGCAGUCCUCUUCAUGCUCCAACUCACCUGUUAAAGGAGUCCAAAGCAACAACAGCACCCCCAGUAAGAAGACCAUAACUACUCCUAGACCCCCUGCCCCUCGCUCACCAUCUGUAGGGAAAGGAAGGCUUCUGCCCCCGGUCACCUCCGGAGGUCGACGUUCUCCACACUCAUCUCCUCGCAACUCUCACCAUCACGCUGCCCGCUCUCCUAGAACAUCACAUGGCCCUCGCUCUACUGGGGGGCGGGGCCAUCAUAGGAACUGGUCUGGCGUGGAGCGCCAGGAGAUUGAGGAGGAAGGAGUGGGCUUUGGCUUCCAGAUGCUGCCAACGCUAGACCCCCAGAAGGAGCAGGACCUGUAUCGCAGCUUUGAGGCUGAAUUCCUAGCUAAUACACAGCAGGCUAAAGGAGUGUCUGGUAGAGCCCCAGGAGGAGUGACCCUGCAGGGAGCUGGAACACAUCCAGUGCCAGCACCCACUGAUCCUAAUGUCACUGACUCUGCUUAUUCCUCCUCUAACUCCUCCUCCUCUUCCCUGAAUAUAGGGGCGAAGAUAGGAACUCUGCCUGAGCUCAGGGAAUCCAAGAGAACUAAUCUCCGUCACUUCCCACUGGAGGACCCCUUGAAUUUACUUUAUGGACACAACUUUGGAGGACCACACAACUUUGGUCAAGGAGAACCUGAACACUGGGGGGAUCGUGGAGGGGGCCUCAAGAAGCUCCCAGCCAUCUCUAGCUCCAUCGAGGAGAGGGAACAUCUUUCUUCCCUGCCUGGUCUUGGAGACUCUGAGUCAAACAGACUGAUGAAUCAGGUCCCCUCACAACCGGCUUUCCACUGUAGGAAUAUGAAUGGAGACCAUGGAGGUUGCCCUCCUACUGGGUUGCUGACCGACCAACAGGGUCAUCUUGGCUGGGGCACAGGACCUGAAGGAGAUGUUCCUCUGGAGAAUCACCAGCCAAACUUACCAUAUGACUUUGAAAAUGGUGAUGGCAGUGAUGACCUCCCGCCCCCAGAGGCUUGCCCGUCACCUAUCCCCCUUCCCCCCUCUGAGGACUGCUCCUUCCAGGAUUCCUCUAGUGAAAACUCUUCAAUGUGCUUCAGUCUGAGUGAAUCCCGCUCUGAAUCCCCCCCACCAUCUUCACUCCUAGCCAACGGGGAUGCAGACGAAGAAGUGCUGCAGACUAAGAAAGGGCAAAGGAAGUCAGACAGGGUGAACCCUAUCUCUAAGCACAAACUGAGACCCAGAAUCAGGCCUCGCACUGACAACAGGCCAGAAAAUAGCCCCUCACGCAUCCCCACCCCGGUCAGCUACAGAGAUCUGCAGGCUAACGACACACUUUCACCCUGCCACACCCCACCGAUGUCCCCUCAGAGCUCCCAUUCUACUGGUCGCCCAGCCACAUGCAAAAGCCUGCACCAGGCCUUUGCAGACAUGAUCCAUCCUCAACCACGUUCUCCAGCCAUGGGCAACAAAGAUUGCUCCUACCCUGGACAGUCUGGGAGCCUGGACACUGAAGCUUGGAUGUAGCACAGACCUGAUGGGUAUGACACAGGGGGUUGUUGUCAAGAACUACUGUGUAAAAAAAAAAGACGUAAGACUGGGCUAUAGACUGUUCUCAUUGCAUGUCAAACACUCCUUUUUUUCACUUAGUCUCUCCCCUGAAUAACUGCAGGGGGUUCACAUUGCUUUUAUUUUGCACUCAAGCCAAAUUAUUUAUUACCAAAGGAAUGGUCUUUGAUAUUACUUUUACUGUAAUUUUAAUGUGUGCAUGGGGAUGAUUUUGCCAAUCAUAAGGUGUUUUUUGCAAGACACUUGUGAAAUUCUUGUGGUUGAUGCAACUGCAGAGCGAUAGAGAGAGAGAGAGCGCAUAUGUGCUGCCAUGUGCCCCACUGAGGGGCAUGGUUAAGUGCCAGGGAUUUAAAGCUGCAACUCUAAACAGUGUAAACACUAAACCUUUAGUCAGAUGGAUUGGCUCCCUCUUGUGGUUUGCCACAGCCUUGAUAGUCAAAAUACUGGUGUAAUGACUGUGAUAUUUUCAGUCUCUCCACAUUAGUGGUCUUCACAUAUGACUCAUUAUACACAUAUUUACAGUACACUAAUAGGUAACAUAGACAAAAAUAUCCCCGUUCUUGUUCUGACUUUAUGAACACUACAUGCACUACCAAUCUCUGUACAGUUCUCUGCUGUUAUAUGUGUAUGAUGUCACCUUUUCACAACCAAUUCAUGUAGUGGAGAUAGAUGAUAUUUGUUUAAAAAUGUGUUACAGGUUUUCAAGAUUAUGUUUAAUGCAGUAAAACAUGUUAACCUUAUUUCUACUUUUAAGUGUUGAAAUAUUAUGGAUCAGUGAAGGUUAUAUUGCUUUGUGUCAUUGUCACUGAAACAAAAAUGUUGAGAGCUCUCCCUCUGACCAAACUGAACUCUGGAAUACAAUACUAAAUAUACAUGUGCAGAAGUCAAAUGCUCAAGAGAAUGAAUGUGUAAAUACAUGUUUAUGUGCCCACUGAGAGAUGUGGGUGUGUUGUAUGUAAAAAGACAUUGAAAAUACAAUAUAAUGUACAUAUUUGCGGUAUUAAGUUCUGUGCGGCCUUAGCUAUGCAAUAUUGGUGUUGAAAAUGCCUUCACAAUUCCCUUUGCCUUAAAAUUGAUUCGCAGGUUAGUUUUUGAAUGUUUUUGCUCAACAUCACUAAGAUUUAUUCAGUAAUACUACAUUGCCAUCAUUAACGGUUUAUGGAAAUAGAAAUUGGAAAGAUUGAAUGUGAAUGUGGGAAAAAGUGAGGAACGUUGCCAAUUUUAAUUAUAGAUAAUACUUGAUGUAAAUGUACAAUUCAUGAUAAAGAUAUAUAAUUUAUUGCCUAUGAAUCCUAUUAGUUGUUUUGAAACUCAAGAAACAAGAUAACCUACUUAGCAAAUGGAUUUCAAAGACACGGCACAAACUAUGGUGACAUCUAGUGGCUAAGGGGAAAAAAAUGUCUUCACAGUGAGCAGAAAUACUGUUUUCUGGACACAGUACCCACUCUUCCAUACUUUUGGAAUUACAUUUUCUGGUACUAAUUGAUGUAAAGUUAAUUACAAUGGUAUAAUAAGGUGAAGUUUGAUGGAUAGAGAAUGACGUUGACUAGAGUGUGCAUGUGUGCAACAGUGCAUGAAUAAUAGAUGCUGUAACUGGAUAUUAAGGUUGUCUUGUGAAACUCUUGUACAGUUGUCAAUAUCAGUAUGAGAGGCCAGACUCCAGCUACAGUACUUCUGUUUUUGGUAUUUAACAAGUGUGGAUAUUUGAAAGUGGAAAAGUGUGAAUUGUAGUGUCAGUGCCCUGCAGAAGCCUCAUACCUCAAAAAAACAUUUUGUUAUCAAUUUGAAAAUUUACAAAUUUACAAUUUGCCUAAAGGCCUCUAUUUGUUUUUUGAUGUCACAUUUUGAUGUGAUAUUCCCACAGAUUAUGGAGACAAUGUUGGUGAAAAAGCAAAAUUUGCAAGAUACAAUCUUAUUGCAGGGCACUGACACCGUGAAUGGGCUAAAAAAAGACUGUGUGUAUCUUUGUGUACAUACUGUAUGAACGUAUAUAUAGAACUGGAGUAAAGAAAGGUGUGAUGUUGGUCCUAUUUAUUUAUUUAUAAAAUUAAGUCUCAGUGGGCUCAAGUGGCAUCUGUGUCCUAAGUACUGACAAGUGAACUGUAAGUGUUGAGGGAAAAUCCUAAUGAGGUGGGGUCCAACAUGUACAAACAUCAUGCAUUGUAAGAUUAUUCAUUUUUCUCAACAGCAUACACACUUUUUUGUCUUUACAUACUGUGAAGACACAUAAUCCAUUAGAAAUGUGUCCCAUUUAUAACUGGAGUGAGUCUACAGACGAAACAUAUUUGGGCUGUUUUACAAAACUCCAUCAGCAUCAGUAAUGUUAUAGCUACAUUGACCCAAUGUGUAGCUGAUAAUCAGUUUCACUUAUAUGAGCAGAUAUUACAUAUAAAUGUGUUUUUACAUAUUCUAAAUGUAUAAGUUUAAGUGUGAAUCAGUUUUUGGCUCAAUUUAAGACAUUUUCAUUUUGAUCAAUUGGUGUUUUUAAAAAAAAAAAAAAAGUCUACCAGCUAUGUGAACUUUGACUUCAUACAACAUGCGAUUACAUUGGGUUAUCAGUCACACAACAAUCAUGACAAUUUUAGAAAACUCUCUCUCCUUCUCUCUACCCCCAAUCACCAAAAUCUGAAUGUUCAUGAUCAGACAAUUUCUUGUUUGCUAAUGUUAUUUUCACUAAAACUUCAGUUAAAUGUACAGAUUGCUUGACAUUGUGGCAUUUGUAUGUAUGAAAUAGCAAUACUGCAACAUUUCACUGUUUUUUUUUUUUAAGUUGAAAAUGCUGUCAAGUUGUUCUUGUAAUAAAUAUUUUCCUCUGAAGUUUA